UAUGGAGAAAAAAAACAAGAUUGAAAUCGAUAUUUGUAAGCGUAAAUUUGUCAUAUAAUUUCUCAGUUGCACCGCCGCCAUCCGUUCUAUUCGUCACUCCGAGUUCAAAGCAAACUCGCUCUUCCCUCCGAGCCGACUCAAACGAAUCCCCGGAGUCAACUCAGAGUCUGCCCAAACUCCAAAGGCCCUAUUCCGCCGUUAAUCUCCUCUCUCAUUCUCUCUCCAACGCGACAGUUCUCUCACCUGCGAUGUCUACUGUGCCUCCCUUAACUACUUCCUCUGCUUCCACUUCUUCUUCUACAUCUACAACUGACGCAGAAUCUCUUAGGAGAAAUCGAAUUCUCUCGAGCAAGCUGUAUUUCGACGUUCCUCUCUCGAAGGUUCCGUUGAUAUACGCACCCUCGUAUGAUAUUGCUUUUCUUGGAAUAGAGAAGCUGCACCCAUUUGAUUCUUCUAAAUGGGGUCGCAUUUGCCAGUUCCUCAUCUCGGAUGGCAUUGUGGGAAAAAAUCAUUUUGUGGAGCCCAUGGAAGCUUCAACGGAUGAUCUCUUAGUGGUGCAUCCAGAAUCAUACUUGAAGAGUCUAAAAAGCAGUUUAAAUGUUUCCAUUAUAGUUGAGGUUCCCCCUGUUGCACUGCUGCCUAAUUGUCUUGUACAGAAGAAAGUUUUAUACCCCUUCCGCAAGCAGGUGGGUGGAACCAUUUUGGCAGCAAAGCUUGCAAAAGAGCGAGGUUGGGCUAUAAAUGUUGGUGGAGGAUUUCAUCAUUGUUCUCAUGAAAAAGGAGGUGGAUUCUGUGCUUAUGCAGACAUUUCUCUCUGCAUACACUAUGCCUUUGUCCGGUUAAAUAUUUCAAGGGUGAUGAUUAUUGAUCUUGAUGCACAUCAAGGAAACGGACAUGAAAUGGAUUUUUCUGAUGAUAGACGAGUUUAUAUUCUGGAUAUGUACAACCCUGGAAUAUAUCCAUUUGAUUUUGAGGCGCGGAGAUAUAUUGAUCAAAAGGUUGAAGUGAGGAGUGGGAUGACAACAAAUGAGUACUUACAGAAAUUAGAUGAGGCACUUGAGGUUGCAGAGCAUAUGUUUGAUCCUGAAUUAGUGGUUUAUAACGCUGGCACUGAUAUUUUAGAUGGGGAUCCCUUGGGCAGGUUGAAGAUCAGUCCUGAUGGUGUAAGCAGUCGUGAUGAGAGAGUUUUCAGGUUUUGCCGUGAGAAGAAUAUCCCUAUUGUGAUGCUCACAUCAGGUGGCUAUAUGAAAUCAAGUGCUAGAGUUAUUGCAGAUUCAAUAGUAAACCUCUCCAAGAAAUGCUUGAUCGAUACAGGAAGUUCUGCAAAAGUCUAGUGCUUUGUGAAUGUUUCUUGCAUUGAAGCCCGAAUUACCCUGAUGCCCUAGUAUAAAUGUAUAAUAUAUACAAGAUAAACACUUGGGAGGGAUAGAAUUUGAGUCCAUCCUAUUCCAUGUCACCACAUCAGUGACACGUGGACGAGCUGAGGCCGAGGCAGCUCUCUAUCUCGAUUCACCCUGUAAUCACUCUUAUCUCCAAGGCUAAGCGAGUUCGUCAAAACAUGGAGUCUUAUGUUGAGAAACCAUCCUUUUAUGUACACAUGUUUGAAUCAUUUUUAGUUUAUUAAAUGGAUGUUAUACA